CCUUUUCGCUUUGUUUACGCGGAAAAUAGUGAAAAUUACAAUUUAAUAAUAGUAAUAAAAUGGCAUCAGCAUCGAGUUCCAGUGCCCGACAUUUGUUUGAUGAUUCCAAAAAACGUCUAUGCGCUCGCGUUGGCGUUAAUGUGAACAAUUUGGGCUCUGUGGCCAGGCAAGUGGUGCGAGGCUCCAAAACAAAUGAGGUUAUGCAUCAAACUCUUAAGAAUUUUACACAAGUCGAUGUCGUGUCGGACUAUAGUAAUCAGAAUCUGCAGAAGAUGAGUCUGAUACUACAGCAUGUGGGUUAUCAGUAUGAUGUGAUGCAAGACAGCGUUAAUCAUUUGGAUUACCUCAAGGAACAGGUGAUGGCUAUGGAAAGAUGAUUGGAAGAGCAAAAGCCUAGACAUUAGAUAAACUGCACGACUGCAAACAGCUUCCACUAUCACUAUGAUUUCGACACUCGCACUUGCUCUCAUAUAUGUUCAUAAAUAUAUCUUGUCAUGACCUCGACUGAGGUUAAUCCCGUCAAA